AUGGCUCAACAUCCAGAAGUUCCCUACGUCAAACCAUCACAUGCGGUUCUUGAUCAAGUUAAAGCAUGGAUCAAUGCCAAACCGAUCUUUGUAGCACGUAAAUCCGAUUGCCCUUACUCGAAAAAGACACUAGAAACCUUAUUCGAUGACUUGCAUGUUCCCAAAGAUAAAGUAUUACUAAUCACUGUUGAUGAGAUUGAAAAUGGUGCAGAAGUGAAACAAGCAAUUAUUGAUUACACAGGCCAAAAGACAGUCCCCAAUACAUAUAUCAACGGCAGACACAUUGGAGGCAACGACGAUUUGCAAAAAUUAAAACAAACUGGCGAAUUACAAGAACUGUUGAGAGGGAUUGUAUAA